AGGUUGUGACGUGCUAGGAAUGACCUUUUAUCAAAGAGACAGAAAAGGGCAAACAGAAUGAAAGCCCUGCUGGGAUUUAAAGGGCCAAAUCAAUGUUUUUGUUCUUUCUGAUUCACAGUAAAGAGUCUGUGUAUUUUCCUAAACUUUUCUUUGUUUAUUAAUCUUGUUUAAUGUACAGGUUUCCAAUCAUUUUUAAGACUAGUUUAUCUAAGAUACUGGGACUUUAAACCUGUAACUCACAAAUUACUGGGGAUUUCUGGAGAAUCUGAACUGAAAUUAUGAAUUACUUAAUGUAAUUACCAUUUGAAGAAGUCAGCAUUUUCCAAUUUAGGCAUUUAAGUCAGCAUGUUACAAAUUGUUGCAACAGUGAGUAUUUUACAUUUCCAUAUUGAAGGACUCAGUAUUUCUUUCUUAAUUUACACAUAUGUAGAUGCUGUGUUGCCUAGCAACUCUUCCCCACAGCUCCUUUGGCUCUGAAAGCAAAUGGAAGUGUGAUGGCACCAGCUACAGUGGCGAUAAAAAAGGUAAAGCACAUACUUCCUACUGUAAACAGACGGUUGUGCCUGAAUGCCCUGCUUAUCCCUCAGUAGCAGCCCUUCAGUACUGCAAUAAAGGCUUCCUACCAUAAAUAGUCGCUUCAGGUACAAUAUUAAUGUUGUAGCCAGUAUUCUGCUCUAGUUUGAGGUCAGUUUUUGUAAUAUUGUCUCCCACAGGAAGCCUCCUAUUACUGUUUUUACUACAUGUUUUUCUAUGAAAUGUCUGGAGGCAGUGGAAUCCCUUAAAACAAUGUUCAACUGAAUGUCAUCCGUUUUAUGUCUCAUGAGUCAAAAGAAAUUCAUGCUUUCCUUUGGUCAAUCCUGUCCAACUGGUGAAUCAUACUGCCCCAUGUGAAGAAAGUGGACUUGCCAAACCGAUCCCCAACAGUUUUUGUUUGCAGGAAUGCCCACCACAGUGAUUCAUCCCACAUGGCCUCUCGUCAGAGUGCACUGGAACAGCAGCUCUCAGAGUAAGAUGCCUUUCCUGCUGCUGUGGAUGCCUGAUGUCACGCCAGUCCAUUAAAGCCGAAGUACGAGGCAAGCGUGUGUCUGUCAGGCCUUAUUACAAGAGGACGACAGUGAUGGACCGCCUUUGGGCUACGUCAGUGAAGUGAUCCUAAGCUGCUGAAACACAAGGCCUGUGCAGUAAUGCCAAAGUCUCCUCGUCCUUCAAGGGCUACACUAAGCCCUGCUGAGGACUCCAACAAGAUGAGGAGGGUUAUUGCUGAAGAUCCAGACUGGUCUCUGAUGCUAGUCCCCUUUUUAUCAACCCUCUGCCUGGAAAGCAUCGCAAGAAACAUGGAAAAAAAACCCAUAUUCGAAGAGCUUAACCCCCUUCAGAGAGAGUUUGUGCAGGGGAAACUCUCUGUUUCCUUGCCUCUGCAUGUCACGGCCAACUUGAUCAGUGAUGGUGUCUACUGGAAGCGAUGCUGUGAGGAGAGGUGGGAAAUUUGUGAUGUAGCUCAUUAUGGUAACAGCUGGAAACGAAUGUUCUUUGAGAGGCACCUGGAGAACAUGAUUGAGCUUUUUAUCCCAGAUGUAACACAGCCAGAAACAAUUCUUGACAUGGUACCUCUUUGCAAAAACUAUGUGAAGAGGCUGGACAUUUCACAGCUUCUGCCACCUAUCAAGGAACCCCAGAAGGAAGAGGAGGAAUAUAGCACAGAGCUGGUGAAUGACAAUGACUAUGAAGGACCCUCUAUUGAUCACUUCGAUUUCAGCAUUCUUCUUGACAAGCUGGACAACCUGGAAGAGUUCCAUCUGGUGUAUAGGGUCAGACAGUGUGGUAUGAACUUCGAAUGGGAGAUGUUUGGGAUGACUGACCGAGAUUGUGAAUCCCUUGCCAAGGCCCUGAAGUCCUGUAAGACCCUAAAGCGUCUACGGCUUCACCAAAGCAACAUAGAGGAUAAACAAUGCAGGUUGUUGGUGAAAAACCUUUUGGACCACCCAUCGUUAAGGGAGCUUGACUUUUCUCAUAACCUUAUUGGAGACAGAGGAGCCAGAGCCAUUGGCAAGCUGCUCAGUAGGAGUAAAUUACAAGUCCUGAAUAUGUAUGACAACAAUAUUAGAGACCCGGGAGCAAGAGCUAUAGCUCAUGCAUUGUCUAAGAACUCCACCCUUUUGUCCCUAAACCUGCAACUCAACCGUUUAAGAGAUGAGGGAGGUCAGUCUAUUGGCCAGGCCCUCAUUAAAAACAACACCCUACUUCACCUGCACCUAGGGGCCAAUGAGGUGACUGGACCCUCUGCUGUUGCCAUCUCUAAAGCCCUACUUCAGAAUAACACCUUGAAGAGUAUUAAUCUCUCCUCCAACAAGCUAGGCGUGGACGGAGGUAAAGCCCUUCAGGAAGCGAUGUCUACCAACACCACUGUAACAGAAUGUGACAUCCGUCUGACGGAGGUGGAUGAAUCUGACGUUUCCUUAAUCAAUCAGGUGGUUUGGUCCAAUCAGAGUGUAGAACUCCAGAAGCAAGCUCAAGAGAAGAAAACCAAGUAGACAUCACCUGCUCCUCAAAUACAAACCUAUCUUUAUUACAUACUGAUCAGUUCACCUGUGAAUUUUCUACCUAGAGUUGUA